AAAAAAAAAAGAAUAAAUUAAAACCUAACUAAGCCAAUAAAAAAGAUUUAACUGGAUUGUGUUGAAUGUACCACUCUACUACUACUACUACCACUACACAGAGAAUGACAGAUAAUGACACACGUAGGGGACAAUGGAUUCAUUUGAUAUAUCAAGCGACUCUGAGGAAGGCCUGUUGGACGAGAUUGUGGUUACGGGCAAUAACCACAGUUGUUAUAAGCAUCCCUUUAAUCUACAUCAUCACAACCAUCGCCACCAACAGCAGCAGCACCAUCACCACCCACAACAGCACCAGCAUCAUCAGCAUGAGCAUCAGCAUUCCCAAUACGAUCCACUCACUUUCCCACCACAUUUUUGUGAACAUAACCUAAACUCGGAUGACAAUAGCAGCUCAAUCAAUGAAACAUCCUCCGCCUCCACCACCACUGCCACCGGGGCAUGUAUCAAUGAAGAACCAGCACAAUGUAACCCUAGUGCAGACGGAAGUAGUUCAAGUGAGGCCUCCACAGCAACCACAUCUCGUGGUGGAAGCGGCGGUGGUACCGUUGGUGGUGGUGGUGGUGGUAUAGGGGCAGGAGACAAUUGUUAUGAUGAUGCAGUCGAGCUAUCGACAUCAGGUCAAGUAACUCUUGGCACUGCCACUACCUCAUUCAAUCAUCAGCUUACCGCUGACAUGUGCAGCUAUAAGAAUUCAAAAAGUCGUCGCUUAGAGUACUCGUUAAAGUGCUUAAAAUACGGUCGCAGCAAUCCUUCGCAAGAUUCAGCCUUUGGGUCACUGACCGAUGGUGACUUAUCCAUCGGUUCGUCAAGUUUUCGUUUGAGCAGUUUCCAAUCCAUUACAUCACCAAUUGAUGAAGGGGUUGAGGAUAUCAUUAUAGCCACCACAACAGCUGGAAGUGAAACUUGCCUGGAACUAGCAACGGUCUCGACAAAUGGACAAUCUAACGAUUCGGCUAUUUCGACACCUUGUCGAGAAGGUUCACCGAAUUUCCUUGCCAUCGAUGAGAAUUCCUUUACUACCACUUCGGGAAGUAACAAUCAUAAUCGUCCACAACAAUUUCCUGUCACUCUCUCGCCUAAAAUUCAAAUUACCACCUCAGCGUCCACGUCCAAUCUUCAAUUUGACCCGCCGAAAAUUCUGGUCAAUGACCAGAAUUCUAUAUACACCACCUCCCCGUCGAAACGCUCCGGCACCAUUGAGGUUUUCUCACAAAAAUACAGGGUAUGCUCCUUUGAGGAUAUGUCACCGAAUCGCAAACAGUCAAAACAUCAUUUGAAAAAUGCCAAUCGUUUGGCUUUUCGGUCGUUGGAAGAGGAGCAGCGCAUCGAUAGCGCUUUCAUUCCGAUACAAAAUCGUACAAAUUCCGAAAACAGGGUAAACAUUAACAACAGUGAGAAAUAUAAGAAACUUACGCAUUCAUCGUUUAGUCGAAUUAGUAAAACCACUAGCAGUGUGACGGUAGCCGUUGAACCACCGCCAAAUCAAACAAAUGCUGGUUCCCAGCAAAGGGACAGUAGACACACGCUCUGGCGGGAUAGUAAGUUCUAUCGGAAGAAUCGCAUAGCAAAGUCUAAUGAUUCACUAUUGGAAUCGCCUAAUCAUUCUCCGUCGCCAUGCCGCCUUUCCCCAUCUUCACUAAGAGACAAUCACUACGAAGCUUCUUCGCCUCUUUCGUCGUCUUCGUCAUCAUCGUUUACCCGUCAUGGGCUAAAUCGGGGUAGUUCGGUGAAUGAAAUCUCCAACAAUUGUAGUGGGGGAUCGUCAUCACACCGACGAUAUUGUAGCUCGAAAAGUGAAGACCUGGGUGAUCUGGGUAUGCCUACAACUAUCGACAGUCGUAAGUCACACUCCGAACGUCAUCUUUUCGGACUGUCAAAACUUCGGCAAACCGCAAUUACUAAUACAGUUGGUAAUGGAGGCAAUGGUAUUGGCGGAGAAUGUUUCUCUGAAGACGAAACUUUUAACCAUCAAGAUGACAAUAAAUCUUUGAAAAGCCUGAGUACAUGUUCCAUAAAUCGUGUCACAUUAACAACAACAACAACGACAACAAGGACCAAAAAGAAGACCACCUCAAUGGCUGUUCUACCUUCAGGGCCAACAAUAACGUGUAAUGUUAGAAAUUCGGUCUUUAAGAGUUUAGAUCAUGCACUCAACUACAUCGAUUCGAAUGGAGAUGAUGAUGAUGUUUCGAGCUCUACCGAAGAAUCACCGAGACGUCAUUAUAGUGACAUUGCAAGGAUAUUUGGGUCGACGACUACGAGGGCUUCAGAUGAUCCGCAUAGUAGUAGUUGUAGUGAGGAGAAGACUCCGCUGCUGGACAGCGUUGAAAUGUCACCGAUAAGUCCAACCGAGCCGGAUCUCAAUAUGUGAUAUACGCAAUUUAGUUAAAAUGGUCAUUUUUUUUCAAUUUUUAAGGGCAAGUAAUUUUAUGGUUUCGUUAAAAAUAUUUUAUGAUUUUGAUGAAUAUUUUUUCUUCUUUUUGUACUUAAAUAUUAAUCAUAUUUAUAAUUAAGAAAUAAUAAUUGUAGUAAGAAAAUAUACCGUUACGUAAGAGAGGAAGUUAGAAAUUUCAAAUGGUUAAGUAUGGAGUAGGUUGAGAAGAAUUUGAGAUGUUAAGAAAUAACAUGUACAA